GUCGGAAGUGCCGGGAAUUGGGAUGGGAACAGAGAGGGAUCCCAGGAAUUGGGAUGGGAACAGAGAGGAAUCCCAGGAAUUGGGAUGGGAACAGAGAGGGAUCCCAGGAAUUGGGAUUGGAAGGGAAAGGGGGACCCCAGGAACAGGGAUAGGGAGAGAAGGAGAGCCCCAAAAAUAGGGAUAGGAAGGGUGAGAGAGACCCCAGGAACAGGGAUGUGGAGAGAAAGGGGGGAUCCCAGGAAUAGCGAAAAGGGGAUCCCAGGAACAGGAUGAGGAGGGAAAUGGGGGAUCCCAGGAAUAGUAUGAGAAGAAUAAGGGGGAUCCCAGAAACAGGAUGAGGAGAAUAAGGGGGAUCCCAGGAACAGGGAUGUGGAGAGAAAAGGGGGAUCCCAGGAAUAGCGAAAAGGGGAUCCCAGGAACAGGAUGAGGAGGGAAAUGGGGGAUCCCAGGAAUAGGAUGAGGAGAAUAAGGGAGAUCCCAGGAACAGGGAAAAGGGGAUCCCAGGAACAGGCAUGUGGAGAGAAAAGGGGGAUCCCAGGAACAGGGAAAAGGGGAUCCCAGGAACAGGGAUGAGGAGAAUAAGGGGGACCCCAGGAAUAGGGAAAAGGGGAUCCCAGGAACAGGGAUGUGGAGAAUAAGGGGGACCCCAGGAAUAGGAUGAGGAGAAUAAGGGGGGUCCUUAGGAAUGGGGCGGGCAGAGGGGACCCCAAACCCCGCUGCAGUUUGGGGCUCACAAGCGCUCAGGGUCCACACAUCCCUGUUUUCCCCCCUGUUCCCAACCCAUCCGUGUGCCGGGAAGGUGAAGGAGCAGCCGGCGGUGUCGGGGAGCCCCCCUGGAAUUGGGUGAAAAAAGGGGGAAUUGGGUGAAAAGGCAGCGGAGGAGCUGGUGGCCAUGGGGGACAGCGGGGUCCCCUCGGCGUGUCCCCAGCAGGAUCGGGAUGUGGCGCUCCCGGAAUGCGGCGACGGUGGAGCCGAGACCCUGCGGAAUUCCUCGGCUGCUUCCAUGGAUUCCCAGAGCAGCAGCAGCGAGCCCCCGGCCCUGGAUGGUUUCCCCCUGAAACAUUCCAACACCUUGACCAACAGACAGCGAGGCAACGAGGUGUCAGCGCUGCCAGCCACGCUGGACACGCUGUCCAUCCACCAGCUGGCUGCCCAAGGGGAGCUCAUCCAGUGAGGAAAGGUGAGAAUUUGGUGAACAAACCCGACGAGAGAGGCUUCACCCCCCUGAUCUGGGCUGCAGCUUUCGGGGAGAUCGAGACCGUCCGGCACCUCCUGGAAUGGGGCGCUGACCCUCACGCGCUGGCCAAGGAGAGGGAGAGCGCGCUGGCCCUGGCCAGCAUGGGCGGCUACACCGACAUCGUCACCAUGCUGCUGGACAGGGACGUGGACAUCAACACCUACGACUGGAACGGGGGCACGCCCCUGCUCUACGCCGUGCGCGGGAACCACGUCAAGUGCGUGGAGGCCCUGCUGGCCUGCGGCGCUGACCUGACGGAGGAGGCGGAUUCGGGAUACACCCCCAUGGACCUGGCCGUGGCUCUGGGACACAAGAAAGUGCAGCAGGUGAUGGAGAACCACAUCCUGAAGCUGUUCCAGAACAAGAGGAAGAAGAAGUGAUUCCCGGGAUCACCACGGCCUCAUCCCGACCAGGAGAAAUCCGGGAAUUUCUGCCCCUCCGUGCACGGCUGCCACGCCUGAAAUCCAGGGA